CUCUCAGUCCGCACCUUCUUUACCUGACGGAGGCUUGGAAAAGUCAGAAGCGCCUCUCUGUUAUACCUCAGACUGACAGCUGCUCUGAAAUGUGGACCGGCAGACCCCUGGCGCUCCUCUCCCUCAUUGGUGUUGUGCUGAUUUGGCCACAUGUACUCACCAAGAGUGUUUCACCCAGACUCCAAACCACAGAUAGUCCCAUUCUAACUGCAGGUCAGGAAGAAAAGCACCCUCUGAUGACCAAGCGCUCAGUUACAAACUGCGAAAACAAGUUUGACAACUACUGCAUGAACAAUGGCAAGUGCAUUCUGCUGUUGGAUCUCAAAGAACACCACUGCGAGUGUCAGAGGGGCUUUUAUGGCAACAGGUGUGACAUCCCGGAGCUUGUUUCUCAACCAACAAAUAAAGAACAAGUGGUGGUCAUCUUGUUCUGUGUGAGCCUGCUGAUUAUUGGUCUAGGUGGGGCUCUGUAUUUCUUCUACAAGUGGUACAAGAAGAACAAAUUACCAAGGCAGCCGAAGAGGCAGGGUUACAAAGGAGUCCAGAUGGUUUAAAGUGUUGUGCAAACACACCCCCACAGCAGCUGCUGCUGAAAUUUUCCUAUUUUCCGGAUAAAACGUUGACCAUACAAAGAUGUUUCCAGACAAGCCUACAUUUAAAAGCAUCCCUGUGUGUUUAUCAGUCAGACAGAUUGACCUGUAGAGAUUAAAAUAUUCAAAAGAGGGCAGGUCUUUGUGUGGGGGCAAUUGUUUUCCAGCUCUACUGGUUCUUAGGUUUCGGCGCCUGUUACACUCAGUUUGAAAAGAUGAAUAGUGAGACAAACAAAAACGGUUUCCAGUAAGAGAAACCACCCACGUGAGGGCAGAAAUUUCACACAAAAUGAUAAAAUGGGAUAGGUAAGCUGUGUGAAACAGUAAGAACUCGCAUUAAUUUGUUUUAUCUACUGUUUUAGAGAACAAAAGUGUAAAAUUACAGUCUUGCACUGUGUGUUUUCUUCAAAGUAGACAUUCCAUAUUUAUUUGUAACUUGCUAUACAUUUUAUAUUUAUUAUAGUCUUUUGUCACUUGGGGCUUUACUUUAGUUCAGUUUUUAUAAGUUAUUUUAAAGUGUUAAUAUAUAGACAGAAAUAUCCGUUUUUAAAGUACUGUUGUUUGUAAAUAAAGUCAAGAAUACUGCUUGAUUUUUCAUUUGAUCUCAUGUUUGUCCAAGUUGUGUCCAUGUUUUCACUCCCACAAUAAAAUGUCUGCACAGGUUUUCAUGCA